GAACGGAGCGACGCACAGCACGUACAUAAGAUAUUAGGCAAUGGCGCAGACGGGCUUUGGGCGACGGUACUUCAAAGCAUUUGUUAGUGGUUUCUUUGUUGCCGUCCCUGUGACAGUGACUGUCUUAGAUCGUCUUGCAUACGUGGCACGUGUGGAAGGAGCCUCUAUGCAGCCGUCCUUAAACCCAGAUGGAGAGUCUUCACCUGAUGUUGUGCUGCUCAACCGCUGGAGUGUGAGGAACUACCACGUGCAGCGAGGCGACAUUGUGUCAGUUUUGAGCCCAAAGAACCCUCAGCAGAAGAUCAUCAAACGGGUCAUCGGGAUCGAAGGGGACUUCAUUAAAACGCUGGGAUAUAAAAACCGUUAUGUAAGAGUUCCAGAUGGACAUCUGUGGAUCGAGGGGGACCAUCAUGGACACAGUUUCGACAGCAACGCAUUUGGGCCGGUUUCUCUGGGUCUUGUUCACGGUCGGGCGUCUCACAUCAUCUGGCCACCCAGUCGGUGGCAGCGAAUCGAGCCGUCUGUCCCUCCAGACAGAAGACCACUGUUGAACUGGGAUAGAGCAGCAGAGGACAAGUAUGACGAUGACUAAAAUGAAGGACAAUCGCUGUUGUGCAAUCCACUUGUACAGUAAAAUGGUCUUGUGGAAAACAUUAAUGGUCAUAUCACAAGCCAAGAUCAUUUUCCAGUUUUUUUAGCCUCACUUCAAGUGAAUUUUGUCUGUUUAUAUUCUUGAAUUUUUUGCAGGUCUUUGACACAAAGAUGAAAACAGAAUCUAUUAUGCUCUUUUAGUUUUAGUAAUAAAACAGAUUGUUGUA